AUGACUGCUGAUGAGUUGGAGGAAUGGCUCGAGGGGUCUGCUUCGCGCGGGUCGGGCUGGUCGAAGGACGAUGACUCUGGAGAAACCAUUGGCCAUGAAAGUGGAAGGAAGAUCGUCGAGAUCUUGAGGAAGAAUCCAGACAAGGGCCCAUCCAAGUAUGAUGAGCAGAACAUUGCGCAUAUGAGGAAGGUCGCGGCCUAUAACAAACGCCACCUUGCGCAGGAGAAGGAAAAGGCCAGGCAAGACAUUAACAGCAAAGCUUUCCGCAGUCUAAGGAACUGGGGUCACGAUGCUCAGAAGCCGUGA